UAAAUUCUGAAAUUUUCAUGUUAGAAACUACCAGAGGUGUUAAACAAAGAGGAACUGGAUGAGUACAGAAAUGUAUUAAGAAGACAAGCUCAAGCAGUAAGAUUUUACGUAUAGACAUUGCCAGAUUGUGCACAAUAAAAAAACAUGCUCAUGUCAAAAAGCUAUCAUUCAAUAGUACAUUUUAUUAUAGCAUAUUAGUUUUUUAGCAGACCAACCAGAUAUUGCCCUGAGUUACUGUUUAGAACUCGAACGUUUUAGUUUGGUCAGGCCUUUUGUUAAAUUUUCAGGUUUCCAAGAAACUGUACAUGAAAGUUCUGGAUAACCAGAAGGCGUAUAUGCAGGUUUGUCUAUUACUUAAUUGGCGUUUCUUCUGUUUGAAGUCCUCAAACAUUUCUUGUACUUACAAUUCUUCAAACAUAUACUUUUACUUUCUAGGAAUUGCAACGGGUUAUUGACAUCCAAGCGACUCUUGAACUCGCUAAAACAAUAUGCGAUAGUGGACGAAGGUAGAACACUAUAUUUCUUUGCAUACACAUGCACAAGCAUUUAGUAACGAUGCAUGUAUUGUAUUAAAUACUAUUUAUAAUAUAGCAUUUGUAAAUUCUGAACGUUGAUUGGCUAAAAGCCGUGUUGAUAUAACUCAAUGUCAACACGGGAAAAUUUCCACCGCUUCUAAACACGGAAAUUUUUCUUAUCCUUCGGGCUUUUGACAUCGCUAUAUAUUAUACAAUUUCUCGUUUUUCCAAUUCCACUCGUGUUGAUAUAACUGUAUAUCAACACGGAAAAUGUUUUAUAUUUGUUAAAUAUUAAUGUUUUCAAGUCUAAACAAAAACUAAAUAAUUUUAAUAUACUACACUUACUGCAAGACACUGUCCACGAUUCGUUUGAGUGUGCAAAAUUUUGUUGCAGAUUCAAUCAUCUUUUAUUCACAGCUAUCCAGCGAAAACUCACACCCUGAGCAUAGACACUCUUGAAAACGCAACGUAUUCGUGUGCACACAUGAAAACAGAUUUUUUUUAUUAAAUUUGAGAUCCGUUCGAAAAUUAUGUAUGUGCGGAAGAACAUAGUCCCUACAUCCUGUCCGAGGGAGCACCUUAAUAAAUAAUAGUAAAAUGAAACGUUUGAUCAAGUCCUUUUGGGGUCACCCCGUGUUGCUUCUCAAUUGGGGAGAAAUUAUACAAUUACUAAGUUUUGUGUACAAUUUUUUGUAAUUUUCAAACAUUUUUACAACGGUUGAAAAAAUCACUAUCUGGUGGAUAGCGCUAACCAGCCCCAUGGCCAGUUGUACGAAGACCGGAUUGUGAUUUUUUCAAUCUUUCUAAAAUUGUUUGUUGAUUGGUCUCACCCAGAUUAUUAUAAAUUUAAGUUUUCUUUUAUUCAAUUGUGAGAUCCAUAUCGGUAGAUAACUUUUCAAGCAUUUUCACGAAGGUUGAAAAAUAUCCUGUGGAUAGCUCUAUCCAGCCUUCAUACAACCGGCCCCAGACGCAAUACCAAUUAAAGGUGUUAUGGUUGGUUACUUGAUGAAUACCAAUAUGUCCCCUCGCUUACGAGUUUGAUGGAAUAUCUGUAUUUUUUAGUCACCUGGAACACUCACGAAAAGAGACGUCAUUGGGAGGUCUUACUGUGUUGGCUAAAAAUAGGAAGAAACAGCAUUUGUUCAAUGUACUGCAGUCUUUAAGAACCAUUAAAACUCUUGUAAGUUGCUUUAACUUUAAGAAAACACGUGUGUUCGUUGCCGCAAAACCUUUGGUAUAAAUGGACAUACAUGUACAGCGUAGAAGCUUUUUGUGUGUGCGGAAAUCAUGGCUUUUGCAUGAUAUCUCGAGAAAUCAAACUUUAUUUGUUGUGAAUUUGGCAUGAUCCAGUUAACAAUUUGUCUUUUUAAUUUCUUCGUGAAGAUGCUCAACGAAAUAAAUGUCAUGCAUGUACAUCUAAAAUCAUUGUCUAUAUCUGCAUAUGGUGCAUUAAUUAUUUUAUAAUAGAGUUUAUAAUUCUGGCUAACAUGCACUGUAAUUUUUCUAGCAACAAACUGAUGUUCGACUGAGAGAAAUGUUACAGGUAUAGCUACAAAAUAUUAUGUAUAGUACGUAGUUAAUUUUUAUAGUUAACCGUCACAUGUCAUGUCCGUCACAUGUCACUUGACAUGUUCUAUGUAUCAACAUUAAAACCUGGUUCACAGCAAGUAUAUGUUAAUAUCAAGAACUCAUCUCGUUCGAUAUAACUGACAUAUCGAACGAGAUGCCCAAAAUGUUGAUAUUUACCCAAUCAUAUUUCUGCCAAUGCCAUCACCUUAUUAUAUAAACAAGAACUUGCAGUGAAUUAAUGCAUUGCAUUACAUUAGUACCUCAAGGAAGUGUAAUAGGCCCCAUCCUGUUCCUCCUCUAUGUAAAUUGCCUACCUGAUGUUGUCAAGAACUCCAGUGUUGCCUGCUUUGCUGACGACACCAAGAUCUUUCGUCGUGUGGAUUCUAUCUGUGAUCUGAUUUAUUCCAAACUGAUCUGAGUAACCUAGACAGUUGGUCUACCUCCAGUGGUCUCGUCUUCAACCAACUCAAGUGUAAAUGUCUGCGUGUAACGAGGAAAACCCAGCCUGUUAUUUAUCCGUACAAGAUCAAGGACAACGAACUUACAACAACAUCAGCCGAAAUGGAUCUGGGAAUUUGGGUUUCUAGUGAUCUUACGUGGACCAACGACGUUCUAGAACGUUGUGCAAAAGCAAAGCAGGUCCAUACCUCGCCCCAGUCUAUAGGUCUCAUCAAACGAACAGAGUGUAUACAGAGAAGAGCUUCCAAGUUCAUACUGAAUCUUCCCUACAUGUAUAGUGAGUCUUACCGUGAGAGGCUGACCACUUUAGAACUGAUGCCGUUAUCGUGCUGGCAUGAGUACGUGGAACUCGUGUUCGUCUUUAAAGCUAUAAAUGGUCUGGUUGUCAUAUCUGAAUAUGUUCUCCCUGAACCGAUAAUCCCCACGAGAGUAAUUAGAUCUUCGAGUGCCAGUGAGUUAUUCUUCCGCCCCCCAAAAUGCAUUGAAAGGUGCUUGCUGUGACGACUGUGCCACCGAAGCCCUUCAUGCUCGGAAACUGGUCUUUGUAGCUCAGUGGUCAGGGUGUUGCACCGGAAUCCGUACAGUAUAGGUUCGAUUCCUGCCGGGGGCCUGAAGUUUCAUUUUUUGAAGCUGCUCCAGAUUAGGUCUAAAAUUGUAUAUACAUUUUAUAAAAUUGUAUGUACAAAAAUUAAAUUCACAAAUAUAACAUUUGGUUUACACUGGCGAUUUUGUCGGCAAUUUGCAUGAACAUGCAAUAAUAAUGAAUACCCCUAUAUUUCUAGGGAUAAUAGCUUGGAUUUCUUACUUUUUACCAUCAACAGGAAGAAGAUUAUCCUGGCGCGAUCAAUUUGUGUCUGGAGUGUGAAAAAGCUGCUCGUGCUUUUAAACAUUAUAAAUGCAUUAGGUAAAUUAAAUAAUUCCACCAUGUAUGUACUAUGUGUACAGUAUAUCUUCUGUUAUGAAAUUGAAUAUUCAUUGUAGUUUCAAUUCGUAUUCUUAUGGUGGAUUUUAUUAAAACAUAAGUUUCUGUAUAAUGUAUUCGAGACGUUCAGGAGGAAUCAGAAAUUUCUUACGAAAAUGCGAACAAAUUAAUGAUGUCUAGGUUUUUGUUUUUCAGUGAACUAAGUGCAAACCUGCAGGAUAUACUUAUUCAAAUUGAGGUAAGUUAUGAAAUAUAUAAUUCAAAUUGAGGUAAGUUAUGCUUGCUGCAAGCCGCGGUUGAUAGAAAGAGUGUUGACACGUUGGGCCGUGUUAAGGCGCUGUUAUACUAUAUAACUUAUAUCGCAACUCGUCUCGGAAUUUUGCUCCGACAUAAGUUGCACAUAAAAUUGUAAAGUGUAACCUCCUCCGCUCGUCUUCUGUUUAAUGAUUAAGGCAUAUAAGAUAUACAGUAGAAUAUACUCAAUAACAAAAUCCAUGGUUUGAUGUUAAAUGCUGCGUAUGGCAGCUACAGGUAUAACUCAAGGUUGUCUUUCAAAAGUUAAAAUAUGAAAACCCCGCCUCUUAGCGCGAAAAAAACACAGUCAGGACUUGCAUACGUUAUCGAAUAUUGAAGGAGGAACAUUUCAUGAAACGUUUGAAGGUAGAGAUUUUGCGCCUGUGAGACUAAUUAGACCCAUGGCCGGAUUUUUGAGGGGAGGCGUGGGGACGUGUGCCCCUCCACUUAAACCUAACAGUUAACUUUAGAAUAACAACUAAUUUUAGAAUACACUUUGUAACGUUUUUUUGUACAAAAUUGAAAAAUGAUAAUCAUUCAUAUUUGUGUUAAUUACCCUUUUAAUCCAAUAUUUCAUUUUAGCGAAAUUGGAUGAGUUGGAUAGUCAUUCAUGAACACAUUGAUAGAUAAUAAUGUACAAUUACAUGCAUAUACGUCACAAAACUACCUUGAGUUCAUUCUAAGCCAUAUUAACAUCCCAGAGGUUGUGGGCAAGACUGCUGCACCUCCCCUGAAGUAUUUUCCACUUCCAGUUUAGACCUUUAAAGAACAACCUAAUUCGAUUAUUAAUAACUACAUUUCGUCAGGUUAGAGUUAUUUUGUCCUGUGCUGUCCUACUACCAAAAAGUGGACAUAGGACAAAAUAAUUCUAACCUGACGAAUUUUUUGUACAUGUAUGCCAACAUAUUUUAAAUCUCUCAAUUUAGAGUGAGUUGGAUAGUGCCUUGGCUAAAACAUGUAACAAUUUUGACGCGUUACAUUAUGAGAAAUUGCAAACUGCUUAUAGAUAUCUUGGUAAAAUACAGGUAAGUCGUCGUUCUUUGACACGCGCUCAGCAUGACGAAAGAUACUGCGAAUCUGCUAUGAAAUUAUUUUCAGCUAUAUAUUAUUUGUAGCAGUAAUGCGCCAAGAUUGGGGGACAGUUGUAUAAAAACUAAAGUAGUUAAAGUUAACUAUCCUUAGUGGAAAAGUUAACCAAUCAGAAUCGUGCAUUUCAGAGGUAACAGUGAUUUAACUACAACGUACUUAAGAGUUUUAUAUAACCUGCCCCAGAAUUUCAGUUAAUGGCUAUAAAACAUAUCGACAUUUUCAAUACAAAUAAAUACUUCAUGGGAGAAUGUUAAAGACUCGUAAAGAAUUAUCCCACAAUGAAAACAUAAACUUAGAGAUGCCCAGCUUUUUGUGGCUAGGAAACUUGCCCACCGGGCAAGCAAGAUAGAUGCCCACCGGGCAAGCAAGAUAGAACGUUUACUUGCCCGUCAUGAUAUUCACUUGCCCCUGGCAAGUGUUAAAUUACACAUCUUAUACCAUUAUUUUACGCAAUUUUGAGGAAAAUAUAAAAACGUGUUUUAGGUUGCAAUGGAUCAACUUCACCUUCACUUUAUGAACUCGAUCAACAGUGAAGCAUUUCUUGUUUUAUUAAAACAUGUUGAGGUUUGUAAUAUCAUACAUGUGGUAGAGUUACUUUAGUUAAUGGAACUUCAGACUGAUUGGAGAGCGGCGUUAUGAACAUCUAUAUGUUUUGGGCAGUCUUCAAGUCUUUCAUCAAAUAUUUUAGGGCCCACUUAUACGAUACGGACUCGCUUGUCAGAAACAUUGAAUUUAACCGUUUCAGAAGCACUUGGCAAUUCAAAUUGCGAUUAUAUGACUAGGGUUGGGCGAUAUUUCGAUAUUUUGAUUUAUCGCGAUAUUUUCAACCACGAUUAUUGUAUCGAAGGUAGAAACUUGAGCGACGAUAUAUCGAAAUUAUCGUCAUGCUCGAUGACUAUCGUGAUAUUGCUUCGCAUGUGUGUAUAUAGCUUUUGUAAAUCCUAAAAACGUCUUUCAAUUCCUAGAAAAUAUAGUUUUUAAAAGAAUUAGAACUAUUUCCUGAAUUAAAUAUGAAUUUAAUACAAUAUUAAAGCUAAUAUUUAUGUAUUAAUCCGCUGAACAAUGAAAUUGCAUGCUAUGUUUGCGCUGUGUGCCCACGGCAUUUGUGCCUGCGGAGACACAGUAGACACUGCAUGGCAUACACAGUUCAGGUUUAUGAACAGUAAAUAUUAGACAAAAAAAGCCUGCUUAUUACUUUAAGGGGUAGCUUCACCCAAAAAUUUAGUUGAUUAGAAUGAAAAAGUCAAAAUUGCAAAAACACCAUUAUAGGGUACCUAAACAUGUUGUUUAUCAGUUGCUAAAGUUUUUUUUACAUUAGAAUAGGUUUUAUAUGAAAAAUUGGCCGUUUUAGAAAAGGCCCUGAAAAAUCUUUAAUUGUUUAUACCUAGUAACCAUGGAAACGGAUUGCAAAAAUCGCUUUAAAAACGCUGUUGUACUUGCGUGAAAAUGUGAAAAUGUAUUUUUAGGCUACUAUACCAAGAGGGUGUACUAUGGAUAAAAGGGGCACUUAGGGGCAUGCUAAAUAUUGCAUAAUCACAAAUUUACAUAAUCAACUUUCAAGAGCACGAGAAAAUCGAGAGAAUAUUCUAUUGAAAUUCGCAUAUUUUUUUCUAUAUUUUGCUUCUGUUUCCAUUUGUAAUAAUGCCAAAGGGUUCAAAGGAAGGAAUAAAGCGUAGUGCUAAAAGAAAAUCGCAGAAAAAACCCUAUUUUAAAGGGAAAAGAUUUUCUGCUAUGUGCGAAGAUGGCGACCACGUUGUGAAGGAAAAUCGUGCUUAUGAGAUUGUAGAUGGCGAUGAAGAACAAAACGAUAUAAUAUCAACAUCGGCAAGGAAACUGGAGAAUGCUAGCAAAACAAAAACGUUUAUACAAGAGCCUCAAACUCCAGAAUUUGAAGUCAAAGUACACACAAGAAACUCCUCUACUAAUUUGCCAGAACAGGAAGGUUAUCGUGUUGUUUUUAUUGAAAACAUUCGCAAAACUGUAGAAAGCAUGCACAAGUGUAAAAAUGGAAAGAUUGUAUCUUGUGAGGACACUUCUAAACGGGCUGGAUGGAGCAGUACAUAUUAUUUUGAGUGCACAGAAUGUAAGCAGAGGGUUGACAUGGAUACAUCAAAGACUGUUGAGGGAAAGGGACGUUCAUUUGAUGUCAAUCGGAGAACCAAUUUUGCCAUGGGUGAGUUGGGUUUAGGCAGAGAAGCUCUCGCAACCAUUUGUGAGAUUUUGAACAUGCCACCUCCUGUGAGUGAUAGUGCUUACCAAAAGCACAAUCGAUCUGUGAAUCUCGCAUCAAAGAAAGUUUUGGAUGAAAAGUUGAGUGAAGCUGGUCACCGUGUAAGAGCAAGCUUAGACAAGGAUGGAACAGAAUUACUUGACAUUGCUGUGUCAUUUGAUGGCACAUGGAGCAAGCGAGGAUUUACAGCUAAUUAUGGGGUAGGAAUUGUUAUCUCUGCAGACACAGGGGAGGUGUUGGAUUAUGUUGUUCUAUCAAAAGUUUGUGAAGUUUGCAAAGCUGCUGAGAAGCUCAAAUCCAACCCGGUAAAGUAUGAACAAUGGAAAAAUGAACAUGUGGCAAGUGGACUGUGUCAAAAAAAUUUUGGUGGCUCUAGUCCUGCAAUGGAGAAGGAAGCAGCCAAAAUCUUGUGGAACAGAUCGGUUGAAAAACAUCAAUUUAGAUACAUUGAUAUGGUAUGCGAUGGCGACAGCAAAGCAUAUGGAGAAGUAUGGGACACAUAUGGAGUUUGCAAAACUUGUGCAAAAUAUGAGAAUAUGGACAAACAAUCACUAGAAUAUAAAAAUUGGUUGAAAUCAAAGAAUUAUGCUACAUGGGAAAAUGAUCACCACAAUGGUAAAACAAAGUGUAGUCGAGUAAACAAGCUUGAUUGUGUUGGACACGUCCAGAAGCGGAUGGGAAAGAAUCUAAUUGCACUGACAGGGAAAACAAAGCUUGCCGAUGGAAAAACUGUUGGAGGCAAAGCUGGGAGACUCACUAGGCCAACAAUUGACAAGCUGCAGAAAUACUAUGGGAAUGCUAUCAGAUCCUCUGUUGACAAAAAAGCUAAAACAAGCCAAGAAAUUGACAAAGCAGUGAAACGGAUGCAGGGUGCCAUCAAAGGAGUAUUGUACCACAGUGUCAAGAUUGUUGAUGGUAAAAAGAGACAUCAGUACUGCCUUCAAGGAAAAAGCUCAUGGUGUUCCUACCAAAGAGACAAAGCGAAUGGAUCUGAUCCUGCUUUUGAAAACAAACCACACCAUCUUGAUCCUGUCUUGAAAACAAACCACCAAUUCUCUAGUAUGGAACAGAUGUCCAAAACACCGCAAUAGAGGGCUCAGUUCUGUGGAGACAGCUGCAGCAUCCGCAGUAAUGCAAUUUAACGUUGGUGCGACUGCCCGGCAUGAUGUAAUGAGAGAAAUGGAGAUUCCUGCUGGCUGUUUUACUGAAGCUGGGAGUGAGAGGAAGAACAACAAAAGAGUAAAGCAAGCAAAUACAAGAGCACAAAAGAGAUUCAAGGAAGCAAGGCAGAAAAUACGACAGGCUAAAUUGGUGGAGGAGGCAAGACUGAAAGCUCGGGAAGGCAUAACAUAUGAGAGCGCAGCAUUUAAUGAGGAUAAUAUCCAGGGUUCAAGAAAAAGGAAGAGGCAGACUGGCAAGGAAACUGGUAAAAAGGGAAAAAGCAAACUUACAAGAAAGAAAUAGAACCUAAAACUGACUGAGUAACAUAGAAAGAACAAGUUAGUAUGAAACCGAAACUUUAACAGUAUUUUUCUCGAAAACUGAUUUUUGGCCGCACGUGAACUGCCCCCCACCUUUUCUCAUUACUGUUUCAAUGAAAUUGGCCCAUUUUUGGCACAUAUGUAGCUAAAUGUAUCUAGUAUGGUCCUAUUACCCAUUUUUUAAAUAUCUAUUUUCUAUAAAGAUUUAUGUGAAAAAGAUUGUUUCCAAUAUGGUUUUGCCGUUACCAUGGCAACCGUGGUGAAUAACAAAAAAAUGGCUAAUAGGACCAUAGUUCAACAUCUAUACUACCACAAGGUGCAAUUUCACUUGAAUACAUAACAUAUUAAAGAAAAUUUUAUGGGGGGGGCAACUGGGCCCUCAAAAAUCUAACUUUCCAUACACUACGCCCUUCUUUGGUGUCAAAUUUCAGUUCGAUGUAUCGAACUGGAAAUUUUUUUAUCUCAGAUUGUAGCUGAAGUUCUGUAGUUUCUAAAAAUAUAUAGGUUGACCAUAUUUCAAUCAAAAACUUGCCAAAUAUCGACUGUUAAAGAGUUGUUAAUUUAGAGUAAAAAUUGGGGUGAAGCUACCCCUUAAUUUGUUAUUUUAUUUGUCAUUGUUUUUAUUGCAUUUAUCGCGAUAUUAUCGAAUAUCGUGAUAAAUUCCUCGACAAUAAUCGUGAGAUGAUUUUUUAAUAUCGCCCAACCCUAUAUAUGACAACAUAAGACGAAAAUUGCCCAGUGGUAAAAUUUAAUUAUGACAAUUCGUGAGCGGCAUAUAUUCAUGUCGUACCAUGUGAAUGGGGUAUCGUGCAAUUGGGGUCUUAAUCAAUUGAACUUUGAUUACGUGCACCAACCAUUCUAAUCCAGACUUCUGUUGUCUCUGGGUACACUCUAAAAACACUCUGGUUAAAUUUGGGUUAAUUCAACCAGUACGGGGUUAAAAAUCCACCUACACAAGUCUGGUUAAAAAAAAUUAACCAUUUUCCUGGUUAAAAGUCCAAAAAAGUGUACCAAAUUUUUGUUGAAUUGAUAAUUUUUAACCAGGAAAUGGGUUAAAUUUAACCAUAAUGUGUUGGGUGGAUUAUUAACCCAAUUCCUGGUUGAAUUUAACCAGAGUGUUUUUAGAGUGUAGCAGUCUAAGACAAGUGUCGUUUUGGUUUGUUUUUUGUUAACACUGUGUUAUUAAUACUGGGGCAAAUUGUAGGAGAAUUGUCCAGAAGACUUGAAUGAAGGUGGUAUUCAGACCAUUCCUUUUCAAGAACUUUGUCAGGUACGUGCAGUAAAAUGUUUUGUUCUAAUUCUAUAUUUCCAUUGUGCCUUGUUGCUGGGGCUGGGCGUACAAAAAGUUAAAGUUGACUAUAGUUAGUGCAAAAGGUAACCAGUCAGCAUUAAUACUUGUGUUUAAGUGCAAAACGGAUAUUUACAAAGUAGUUAAGGCUUUUAUACACCUGUCCUCUGUACUACAAAUUUUGGUGAAACACCCAGUGGCAAAAUAUUGGGAGAGGCGAAUUAGGUUGCAUACGACCGCCUUUUGUAGCUAGAAUUCUUAGUUCUUUAAUCUUAGUUCUUUAAUCUUAGUUCUUUAAUGGGCCUCUAGUGUCUGCCACUGGUAACACCUUUAAAAGGCAAUCUAUCUGCAAUAACGAAGAACGCUUAUUGCUUUGACUGAAUAUAACUAAUUUGAUGGUUCUUUCGGGUAUUUUCUUAAUUAAUGUGCAAUUACAAAUUUGAAAAGCAUUUUGGGCAUUCAAUAUUCAUUACAAGAUGGAUGCUGGUAACACAGAUAUUUCUCUUUAGAAAGUUGGGGUUGAAGACUUCACUCCAUGUUUGGUUGAUUUAUGCAAAGUAAGAUGAAUAACGUACUUUUCCUCACCGGGAAGAGAUGGUUUGGAAACUCAUUAGAAUAAUUCUUUAUGUAUGUUAGACUACGUUCACACUACACUGGAGCGAAAUAAUGCUGCCACCACGCCGUUACAGUUUGUUUACAAAUUAAAUUAGCACUCAUGUGAACCCAAAAUAUUUCAAAUAGAGCAAAGAAAUUUAAACGAAAAGCAUUCGAGUUUACUGGUUUGAGACCUGAGAUGCUUGGUUUGCAAGCGGUACAAAAAAGUAACUGGGUUUGUGUUCACACGAAGCCGCCAAGCACUCCGUUUUCAUCUCGUUCCGUUUGGAAACCGUGCUCAAAUUGUUACGGCAAAAGUGACGUUUUCAUACCAACGGCUAAUUGCGACUUUUCCGCGCCGUUUUCAAACCGCUUCGGCGAGUGUGAACGUAGUUUUAGUCCAAAAUGUGGUCCUUCGUUGUCACGUACUUAUUGCGUUUUUGCCAAAUCCACCAAUAGCAAUUUGUAAGCUACCAAAUUAAUCACUAGUGUUGAAGUCACGGAUAGCUAACCUUCCUAAAACAUUGCUAUUGGUUGGUUGGGCGAAGAUACAAUACACACGUGAUGAUGAAGGACCAGAUUUCUGAAUAAACCCAAACAAAAACAUGGAUAAUGAGUUAUUUUUGAAUUCUCAUGAGUUUCUAAAUCAUUUCUUCUACUAACUACGAUAUUUAAUACUCAGAUUUAUUUAUUCCAUAAUAUCCCAUCCCCGGCAAAUGAAUUGAAGAACACAUGCUAUAAAUAUCUUGCAGACCCUGUGGAAAGUGAUGUCGAAUUACCAUGAAGUAAUGGAGUGGCAUCAACAACAUGAUGAUUUCAUGCAAACACAGGAAGACGAAAGUGAUGGUGAAGCAUCUUAUAAUAGGAAAUAUGUCACUCAGAAGUUGAACCACGGAUUGCACAGAAUUUGGAAGGUACAUAAAGUCACUCGACAAACAGAGACUCUUGCACUGCAUGAUCAUACUGUAAGAUCUCUCCUAAAAUAGGCGUAAGAAAAUAGAAAAUAUCCUGUGAAUAAGGCUGCGUGUGAUAUAUUGAGGCGCCUGGUGAAAAUCAAUCUGCAAGCUUGAAAAUCAAAUUCAUUCAAUGCUUCUUGCUACCUGUAAUCCAUCAUCCCGGGAAGCACGUACAACACCAUGUCAAUCUCAAAAAUAUAGAAAGUGCGAUAACUUGAGAAUGAGUGAGAUAUGAAAAACCGUAAACGUCAUUCUUCAUCACUCCACCAGUACUUUUUAGCAAAACAAUAAAAAAUGGGGUAAAAAUUUUGUUUCAUAAACACUCGUUUCAUAAACAUUUCACAAUCAGAAAUUCCGCAGAGAAAGGUCAUGUCGCUGAGUAUUCAUUGCAUGGCAUCGUGGGCUCAAGUCAAAAAAUUUCGCGUGCUUCUUUGUUUUGCUUUACUUUAAUCUAUUGCAACAAAAUAAAGCUGAAGUUGUAAGUUUAAAGUGUUCGACGUAUAAUUAUUUCUAAGUCACCUAACAUUGUUUUGGGGCCAAAAAUUUAACAACUUUACCGACUAUAUUUUGAAAUAAUUAAGUAUUCGCCUCAUUAGUACUCGGUAUACACGUCAGCAUGUACAAUCUACGCAUGCUCUGGUAAGAUGAGCUCAUCUUAGUUAUCGAUUUGUGGCCGCAAUUUCUGACCGUGUAACGGUCGCGAAAAUAUCAAGGUCGCCGAUGUAAUACUAGAGUAUUGGUAUAUUUCUAUACAAUCAGAAAAGACUGAUUUGCAUCCAGUACAUCGGCAAAGCACAGCAAAUAUUCCGACUUCACAUCGUCGAACAUGACUUGAACACGAGCAAAAGGAAACCAGAAAACGACAUGCAUGUUUGCCAUUUGCGAAGAACAAGUCAUAGUCACAAAUAUUUAAAGGGGCGUAGAUUUCCCUAUAGGAAGGAAUUUUUAGACAUUGAAAGUGUUGUAUGAAUGUCGGAAAAAUGCCCUGGGAAGGUUUUACGUGUUGUGUAAUUGUGUUUUACCUCUAAGGUCGCAGGUUCGAAUCUCAGUGAGAACUUCUCAAUGUGACUCGAACCCAGUCCUCAUGCGAAAAGAGUAAAAGUCAACGCUCUGCCGAAAGUCGUGGGUUUUCUCCGGGCACUCCGUGUUUCCUCCCACAGGGAAAGUUGACAGGGUGGGUUAGGCACAUAGGUCUGGAGGCAGAUCAUUAAUGAGGUAUGGACUAAUAGCGGCAGCUGCUCAAGCGCCAUUUGUAAGCUCAAAGUCUACCUCGGUCUGCUUCACGUCAGUCCGGUUCUAUCUAUCUAUUCAUAAUGUAACCAGCGACUGAAAAGCCCUGAUAUAGGGAGUGUGCUGUGAAAUAUCUGUAUCUGUAAGUUUUAGGCUGCGUUCAGACUGCGUGCCCGGCACUGGUGCCCGGCACUUGUUGUGGCACCUAGUUUGAACACGAUGCUUCCAAAUGAAAUUGGGCACUGCGCCCAAGAAAGGGCACUACCUCUAGAGGUAGUACUCAACAACGGCACUGUGCUCAACAUGUUUUGUGAACCAUUUUGAACAUUGGGCACCAGUGACGAGCACUCAGUCUGAACGCAGCCUUAGUCAUUUAGGUGACUUAAUUCCAAACUCCAGUUAUAUGUAAUGGUUCAUUUCAUUGUUCUUUUUUAGGAAGUCCAAGAAAGAGUGAAGUGCUAUUUAUUGGGCACGGACUUAUCAUAUUUUAAAUACGACGAUUUUAUUCAUGUUUUAGAUUUAGUAAAUAGGUAAGGAUGUAUGUUUAGUCUUAUUUAUUUAUAUUUGUUCAGCCUCGUACCCAGGGAAGAGAAGCGCAAAUCAGAUGUCACACGAGGUUGAUAAUUAGUGUUAUCGCAAAUAAAAAUUAUUUCGGUUAUUUUUUGUUAAAUUAAUAGUUUCAAUGUUCGUUCCAAUAUCUUUCCUAGAGCCAUAUGCCUCUUAUUACACAAUAGCCCUGGGUACGAGGUUGAUUCUUACCUAGCAUAUCGCCAGCUCCUUCUAGCUGCUUAUAAUGAAUCUUGUUCAUUUCACAUCGACCCGAAUAAUAGAAGUUUAAAAAAGAGCAUGUCUUGCAAACGUUCCAAGUUCGUUCCUUGAUGCUCGAUCUUUGAUCAGAGCGGAAACGAAAUCAUUUCUCAAUGUAGGCAUUUUAAAAUUUGGAAAUAAAAAGUUGCGGUUUAAAACCACAAAUCACCGAGAUGAAGCUCUCAUUCCUACUACCACUAAAGAAAUACCAAAUGGUUUUCCGUGCAGGAUAGCAUCAUCCGUACACGCGGCAAGCUGCAAGACGUCGAGCAACAUCCGCAUAAUUGUUUUGUGAAAUAACUGCAGUGAAAAAACGGUUAACUUUAUUAAAACGUUAACUUUACCAAACGGUUAACUUUAUUAUAACUUUACUAACGUUUUUGUUAACGUGUCUCUCAUUUAAUAUCCUGUCACACGUUAAAAUGUUUUCAUUGUCCGAUAUUUUAUAAAGCCCGCGCGAAGGCAUUUGCAUUGCAUUUCCCGUGCAGGAUUGUUUGAUCCUGCACGGGUAUUGACCAAUCAAAUUGCGUGUUUCACUGUGGUUAUUAUAUAAAUUGCUUUGCUCCACUCUUAUUUUCGUUUGAUCUGAACUGAACCAGUUGAGUAUAUAAUUUAAAACUAGAAAUAUUUUUGCUUGAUAGAUUAAUUGCAAUUGGGGAGGAGUUCUGUGGGAGUAAAUCAGAAGAACUUCAUGAUUCUAUUAGAACACAAACCGUGAAUUAUUUCAAGAAUUAUCACAGGUUUUUUAUUAUUAUUGUCUUUUUAUGACAUUAAGCUCGAUCUAUUACCCAACGCCAUCGGUACGGGAUUGCACUAAGCUUCCUGCUGUGGAGUCCGUAGGCGUACGGGAGGAAACCAUUGGCUAAGCUGAAUUGCGAAGGACACAGCUCGACGUGAUCGAGUGCAAGGCAACUUUUGACUUGCCAUCACGGACAGGGGUGGAUUUAUAGGGGGGCACAGGGGUGCGCACCCCUGUUGGCCUUGGUCAACAGGGGGGCAAAAAAAUCAAAUUCAGAAAUAUGGCACAAUUCCCAAGGUUUUUCCUUUUUUGAAGUAAAACUGAAGCUCAUAAUUCAAUGCCCAUAUCGCAGGAAAUGGCAUUUCUAGGGUUCUAAUUUUCAAAAUUUUCCGGGGGACAUAACCCUGGACCCGCUUCGUCAGGACGCCAAUUCUUUUGAAUCUCUCCCACCACCCCCUAAAGAAUUAUAAAGAAACACUCGGCUGCUCACCCAGCACCCCCCCAAGAAAAACCUUGCUGGAUCCACCCCUGAUCACGGAGCACAACUACGAUGGAAGGGUUACAUUUUAGGGAAACCUUUAACCAACCCUGUCAACAUUACCUGUGGGAGGAAACCAGAGUACCCGGAGGAAACCCGCGACUUUCGACAGAGCGUUGACUAACUCUUUUCACAUGGCUAUCAAGUCGUCCCCAACUAGAUUUGAACCCACGAUGUCAGAGUAACUAUCUCAUGACCCUUGUUAAUCCAUUAAACCAGAAUGUGCCAUGAAGUCUUCGAUAUAUAACGAUGUAAUUUUUGGGAGUUUAAACCCAGCUAGAAAAUAUUCGCUAAUUAUUUGUCUGGGGAGAUUAUAAUGUUUCUCUUUCCAUUUAAAUAACUAUUGCCCUGUGACAUUAUCUUAGAUCCCGGUUAGAAGAACUUCGCAUGUUUUUGGAGAAUGAAGUUUGGGAGUUGUGUCCUGUCAAGGCGAAUUUUUCUCUAGUCAAUUUACAGGUUGGUAUCCAUGCAUAAUCACAAGCUAAUGCUCACAAGUUUUCUAUUAGGGACCUUAUUCUCAAAGGGAGGCCAAAAGCGAAAGCAAUGCACUUUCCGGAAAGGUUCUCAUAUAUCCUUCUUUGUAUUUUAAUGGAGGCAUAUAGUUAUUGCUGUCCUGUCUGAAACUGUGAAAUAAGGAAAUGUGUUUGGUCACGUUCUCACACCAGAUUACUCCUAGCAAUUAAAAUUCACUAUACUGCAUAUUAUUGUCAGGAACAUUGAUGAGACAUUUUCAAUUAUUUAACAUAAUUUUUCCUUACUUUCAGGAAUUCAAAUUUCUUAGGAAAAUAUAUCCAAGCAAGGGUCAUAGAAGGACAGAUUCUGGAAAUAUAAAAGCUGAAAUGAGUAAGAUAAAAAGUAUACAGUAGUUGAAAAUUAGUCGUAUUCUGACCAGGGCCGCUGAGGUGUUGCGCGGGGCCAAACGUUCCCACGGGCCCCUAUGACGUCAUAAUUAUAAAAUGGGAGAACUGUGUUUUACAAUAUAUUACACUUUAUUAUACAGUAUGUUAUCCGGAACUAAAGCAGCUAGAAUUUAUAUUCUCAGUUAAGCAAUCUUGUAUUAAGAAAUGUUACGGGCCUUCGUUGCUUUGGGCCCCCUUUUGAGCAGGGGGCUGUGGGGCAAAGAACAUCCCCCCUCUCUCUCGGCGGGCCUGAUUCUGGCACAAUAUUAUGAUAUGUGUUGUAUUGUCAUUUUGUCAGGUUUCUUUUCUCGAUAUGGCUCGGGUGCGACUCCAUUUGAUGAUCAGAAAGCCGAGGAAGAAAGCGAAGAUUUAUUGUCAACUAUGG